GUUGUUGACACCCCUUCCAAAAAGUGUUGCUAGUGGAUCACGGAGGCGUCAGCCUGCUUCCCUUACAGCCAUUCAGGAGGACAAGAGAAUACCUCGUCUUUGGGACGAGUCUCCUGCGUGACUCCCGUCAACACUUCCAAGGAACCGGGACGGAGCCAUGGCUGAGAAGCGUCGCUCGUCGUGCGCACUCAGCGUCAAGGCGCACGCCUUCUCGGUGGAGGCACUCAUCGGGGCGGAGAAGAGGCGCAGGACGGCCGGGGAGGACGUUACCUCCGCCGGCUACGACCACGGAAGUGAUGUCCCUCGUGUGCCCGGGAGCCCGAAACCUUGCGCCGGCAGAGCGCGCGCCAGCGGGCGUUGCAGCGAGGAAUGUGCCAGUGACGGAUCCAAGAGCGAGGACACGCUGCUGGAGAGCCCGGAGCCUGCAGCGGUGCACAGCAACGUUGAGGACACACGCGUGGACCUGCAAGGCUCAGACCUGUGGAAACGCUUCCACGAGAUUGGCACCGAAAUGAUCAUUACCAAGGCUGGAAGACGGAUGUUUCCUGCAAUGCGUGUGAAAAUGUCGGGUUUGGACCCACAUCAGCAGUAUUACAUCGCCAUGGACAUUAUUCCCGUGGAUAACAAACGCUACAGGUACGUGUACCACAGCUCCAAGUGGAUGGUGGCGGGCAACGCAGACUCUCCGGUGCCGCCCAGGGUCUACAUCCAUCCGGACUCGCCUGCCUCGGGCGAGACGUGGAUGCGUCAGGUGGUCAGCUUCGACAAACUCAAGCUGACCAAUAACGAGCUGGACGACCAGGGACAUAUCAUUCUGCACUCCAUGCACAAAUACCAGCCCCGGGUCCACGUGAUCCGUAAGGAGUGUGGAGAGGAGUUGUCCCCGGUGAAGGCCGUCCCUGCCGGGGAAGGAACACACACCUUCUCCUUCGUCGAGACCGUCUUCACCACUGUCACGGCGUACCAGAACCAGCAGAUAACACGGCUGAAAAUCGACAGAAACCCUUUCGCCAAAGGCUUCAGGGACUCUGGCAGGAACCGGAUGGGCCUGGAGGCGCUGGUCGAGUCCUAUGCCUUCUGGCGACCAUCUUUGCGGACGCUCACCUUCGAAGACAUCCCCGACAUGGCCAAACAAGGAGUCCCAGGAGCUCAUGCAGGUGUGGGCGUGUCCUCUCACCUGCUCUCCCCGUCUCCCUGCUCAUCGCCCUUCCAGGUUUGCCCCCUCAGCCCAAGCGACUUCACCUGCAACCGCCCAGGUCUCCCGCUCCACCGCUACAGCAACCCGCCAGACCUUUUUCCCCCUCCCCGAGGCCCGUCGGCGUACGAGAGUGAAGCUUUCUGCUCCCUUCCCCUCCCAACGUCUCAACUCGGCUACCUGCCCUCUCCGCAGGGCUACGCCGGCCUGCGGCUACACACGCCCCCUUACGGCCUAUACGGCUACACAUUCCCGCCGUCUCCACGCCUUGCCGCCAGUCCUGACAAAAUGUCAAACACCAACCAGCAGAACGCCCUCCUCGGAACGUCCCCAAGCGGGACGCUAACGGACAGUCUGGGCGUGCUUGCCGCGGGACAACAAGGUUUCAUGUUUGACUCUCGGACUUUAGGGGCGGGGGGCUCACAGGUCACUGCCCACAUGGGCUGAACUUGGACAUCUACAUUUCUGCAGUCUACAAAAUACAAAUGACACUUAAAAGGUUCCGAACGGAGGAAAACAUUGUGUCAUUUGAUAAUACACCACCGUCUGAUCUUUCGAGAACCUUCUGUCACAUGUCCAGCCACACAGGAAGUGAGGCCUGGAUGUUUUUACCGCGGCCCGACUGGAACUGAUUAUGGAUGAAGGGGGCCCAGAGUCUUAAAGUGAGUACUUCAUGGAAGUAGAUCUCUGUGAACUCCGCCUUGUUUUAAGGUAAAAACUCAGUAUUCGUAAUCUUGAUACAAAAGGUACAUCUUUUUUAUAAGCACAGAACAAGAAAAGUUGGGAGGAGAACCUACAUUCUUCACCAAGAGCUGUUGCAUAUUAGCAUGAAGAACCACAGAAGGGAACAAGACCUAUGUGUUGUACGUGUGCUUGGAAAACACAAUGCAUUUGGCUCCAUGGGACAGCACGCUUUGUAUAUAGCGGUAGGAAGCAGCGUGGAGGGAGGGUAUAAAAUGGGCAGAGUGACCCUUGCACUUAUGCACCUGCUUGGGCUCUUAAGAUUGGGUCAGGUAGCGCCGGCCUUGAACUUUGUGGCCUGUCAGCGACUCUUUCAUUCUCUUACAAAUGCACUCUUUGGCCCCGCCCCUACAAAUUAUAUAUAUAUAUAUCCAUAUAUAUAUAUAUAUAUAUAUAUAUAUAUUUAGAUAUAUAUAUAUAUGUACAGUAUGUAUGUAUGUAUGUAUGUAUAUAUACUGCAUAUCUAUUCAUGCCACAGCUUUUGUAUGGGAUUAAUAUAACUGACUUGCACGCACUGCCAUUACACAAGUGUUGAGUUGUCAUAGCAGCUCUUUGUUUUAUCUGAACCAAUUACAACGUUUACAUCAUAAAUGGUAUGUCUGUAUUGGAGUGAUAAUAACACAACCACACGGAGCAUGUUUUCAGCCCAAUUUAGUCGGAUUGUACACAAAAAAAUGGUCAUGAGUAGAAUUAUUUUAUGGGUUAUGUAAAAUCGUUUUAGAAAAGAAGUCCGACAAUGUCACAUUUAUGUUGUUUGCAGCAAUUAUCUGAUUUAUACUAAGUCAUUUCAUAAAAAACAACCACAAAUGAUUGUUUCUACAGACAGUUUCAGCACCAAAUAUGUAAAUUUAUCUUUUCACAGACAUCAGUGUAUGAAAUGUUUGUAAAGCUUACAAUAACAUCCAAACAAGGGCAUAUUUAUUUGUAAAUGUAGCAAUGGCUUAACGAUAAUUCAAAAUUCUUGGCGGUGUUCAAGGUUCAAGCGGACAUACGUCUAUAAAGCACAGCUACUGUAUGGCAGCCAUUGGAGAUACCGUAUUUUUCGGAGUAUAAAUCGCUCCGGAGUAUAAGUCGCACCUGCCGAAAAUGCAUAGUAAAGAAGGAAAAAAACAUAUAUAAGUCGCCCUGGAGUAUAAGUCGCAUUUUUUGGGGAAAUGUAUUUGAUAAAACCCAACACCAAGAAAAGACAUUUGAAAGGCAAUUUAAAAUAAAUAAAGAAUAGUGAACAACAGGCUGAAUAAGUGUACGUUAUAUGACGCAUUAAUAACCGAUUGAGAAGGUGCCUGGUAUGUUGACGUAACAUAUUAUGGUAAGAGUCAUUCAAAUAACUAUAACAUAUAGAAAAUGCUAUAAGUUUACAAAGUUUACUCCUAAUCGCUAAAUCCGAUGAAAUCUUAAACGUCUAGUCUCUUAUGUGAAUGAGCUAAAUAAUAUUAUUUAAUAUUUUACGGUAAUGUGGUAAUAAUUUCACACAUAAGUCACUCCUGAGUAUAAGUCGCACAACUAUGAAAAAAACUGUGACUGAUAGUCCGAAAAAUACGGUACUCGUAUUAUGUAAUGUUUUUUUUUUUUUUUAACAAGCAUUUUCAUGGGUUAUUACUCGGUUUUAAGAGUACAUGCCGAAGAAUCCAAAGGACCUAACCAUGUUCAAGUGGUAAAAGCGGAAUAUCACAGUUUAAAACGGACAACGAUUAAAUGCUCUAAACUUUGAGCAUGUCUAUUUGUUUAGUAUCUUUUUAGAAUGAUGCUAACCUCGCUGGAAAACAACCUGGAUGAAACCAUUAUAGGGUGCUUUGCUUUUGUUACAUUUCGUAUAAAAUUCUUGUUGGAUCACAAACAUACAGUAUCUUUAAAAAGAUUGACCAUUGUUGUAAGAGGUAAUCAUUGUAGGGAGAUCAAACUGAUUUACACACUGACACAGGGAAUAGCUCGCACAUACAUAUGCACAUGCACGAACGCACACUUCACAAAGAUGUGAUACAUUGGGGUAAUACAGUCCACACCACACUUGACAAUCUUGACAUUGACAUCACAAGUGGCCUAUCCCUGACUCUGAUCUAACUCUAACCUCAAAGACAGAUGCAACUAUUGCACUUCAUAACCGCGUAAAUGGACAACUCAUGAGAGCGUAUGUACGCCCAUGUUUUCUGUGGGUGUGAAGGUGCAAAUGUGUGUGGCAACAGGUGGUUGAGACGUCAAAGGGUGGGUGACCUCAUCGUCUCAAAAGGUCACGCUGAUCCCAGAAAAUCUCAAAGAAGCCACCGCCCCGCCCCACUUGUACUCCCCCAGAGUCAUAGUCCUCUAAUGAGAACAUAAAGUACGUUUGCACAAAAGCAUGUUAGCCUGUUCACAAUGCUCGGCAAUUAAUAGCGCACAUGUCCUUCCUGCAGCCAAAGCUACUUUUUUGAAAUUAAAACAGUAAUAGUGGUGCAAACAUUAAAAUGCCGGUAUGCAUGGAAAGACGUCAAUGCAGUCAUCACUCAUUGGAAGCUGAGGAACGCCACACAAUUCCAAAAUGCUACUAUUACCUUGUUCGUACAGAUAGGAGUCAAGGGACCGGCAGAGUGCAUUCCUUUUUAAUGCAGUUGCUUCAAGAUGCAAUUAAUCAACAAACAACUUUGAAAAAAUGAUCGAAUGAUUUAAUAAUUAUUAAAUUAUCAGAGUUAUACAGCUAGUGAAGCCAAAAUCGCACAAUGAUUUAUUGAAUUUGAGUCAAACACAACCUCAAAGAGGAAAUUUAUUUUUUUGGGAAUGUUGCCUUUUGUUCACAAUCCUAAUGAAAGACCAGAAAACUAAAUGUUUUUUUUAAAUUUUCAUUUUGAUUUGUUAAAAUUGGUUCGUUCUAGGUGGCUGGCAAUGCAGUUAAUCGGAACAAUUCGAUCAGCCUCUAAAUGGCUUUAAAAAUGCAUCUUAAAACCGCCACCUUUACUCCAUUUACGUUUUAUAAUCUAUGAACACUGAGGAACUGUUUAUCCAGCAUAGUAACACAUUGUCAAGCGGUAAGCUAGCUACGGCAAGAGGUAAGAUAGCUUUUGCAUCAGCACCUGAAUCACUUUUUAGUGUGUAAUGCACAACACAAUGCAAUAAGACACCAAUUUGUACUGACUGAAAAACAUGAACAAUCAUAUUACAGUAUCUGUAAAGUAUUAGCCCACAUUUCAUGUUUUGUUUGCACACAGCGAUCUUGACAGUGUAUGUAGUUGUAAUAACAAACAUGAUGUGCUGCUUGUAUCAUGAUCAAUAUUAUAGUGUUUUACUCGAUAUACAGUUUUCCUCUUGGUCAAGCUGACCUGGGAUGUUUUUUUCCCGGUUUAUUUUGGGUAAGCACGCCAUAUGUGUCGGCAUAGCUUGGCUCCAAGUUCCGCAUUUGCACCAUCAAUUCUCGCGAACUUCACUCUCUUGGCUUCCAUUUGCUCCAAAGUUUCACCCCUUCUUUGUGCUUGCUUCUGUAAGCAGCAGUUCAUCCUCAGUAUGUUCAGGUUCAAAAAGAUAAGGUUGUGAAUCCUCAUUUGUCCAAAAAUAGUCGUCUUUGUUGUCUGUUGCCAAAUCUGCCAUGAUUAGAACACACUCGUGUUUGUUUCGGACAGUAGGAACACACAUUUGUUGUCGGGAGUGCGCUGCUAUGCAAACAGAAAUAAAAGCGCUGAGGAAUGAAGUUCCAGUAAUGCAAACAAUGACCAAAAUACAGUAAAUAUUUUACAUGUUACAUAUUGCUAUGAACGUGUCUGUCACUACAUCAUAUAUGUACUUGGAGUGUGUCUACAAAACAUUGAUGGAAGGUUUUGAAGUUGUUUUAGAGGGCUUUGAAGGCUACAACUGUAUUUCCCAUUAGCCGCAUUUUGCAUGCGUUUUUUAAUCAUCUAUAUAAUCCUACAAAAUAAAAGACAUGCAUGUUCAGGUCGCUCAUAAUGAUUGUGAAUGAUAAAGCAAAAUUCCAUAUAAAUUACAUAUACAUUCAAAAAGUACAAUGGAAAUGUUGAGACGUUAUAUCAUACAGUUCUUUUUUUACAGUAAAGAAAAUAUUUAGAUCUAAAUGUACUAAAUGAGCGCGGUAUUUUUCGGAUUAUAAAUCCCUCCAGAGUAUAAAUCGCACGGGCCAAAAAUGCAUAAUAAAGAAGGAAAAAAAUUAGUCGCACUAGAGUAUAAGUCACAUUUUUAGAGGAAAUAUAUUUGAUAAAAUCCAACACCAAGAAUAGACAUUUGAAAGGAAAUUCAAAAUAAAUAAAGAAUAGUGAACAACAGGCUGAAUAAGUUUAUAUUAUAUGACGCAUAAAUAACCAAUUGAGAAGGUGCCUGGUAUGUUAACGUAACAUAUUAUGGUAAGAGUCAUUCAAAUAACUAUAACAUAUAGAACAUGCUAUAUGUUUACCAAACAAUCUGUCAGUCCUAAUUGCUAAAUCCCAUGACAUUUUAUAUAUCUAAUCUCUUACGUGAAUGAGCUAAAUAAUAUUAUUUGAUAUUUUACAGUAAUGUGUUAAUAAUUUUACACUCGAGUCGCUCCAGAGUAGAAGUCGCACACUAUGAAGAAAACUGAGACUUAUAAUCCGAAAAAUACGGUCAUUGGAAAUGACACUGAAAUAAAUACAACUUAUAUAAAAAUCUAUUCCUUUCCCUAAAAUAGUGCUGACAAUUAACAUGUUUUUUUUUUUUUUUUUUUAAAUCCGAUGAAUAACAUUUUUAAAUUUGGUUAAAUCAGUGAAGUGUUGCACAACUUAUGCAUCUUUUGUUGACAACAUUGCCACAGGUAUACUCCGCCAAUGUGUGUCUUCCACUGGGUGACGUCGAUGUACUAGCAGAGUUAUUGUUAGCAGCUGCCUCAAAAUAGUUGUUUAAAUUUUAGAUGGUCUUUUAAAAUUUGUUGAUCUUCGAUAAGAGAAUCAAUGUGCAAGUUAUCUUGGCUCUAUCUUGGUGUAUUUUGAGGUGAUAUUUGCAACCAAUUGGGGUUUCUUCACUCAUAUUUGCAUUGGUUUAUGCAGUGACCUGACCACUGACCUUACGACAAACCGUGCCAGAUUUUAGGUAACCGUCAGCAUGUGUGGUCAAAAUAAAUCACAUGAUUAAUCUGUGUUUAUAUCUGGUUGAUUAGAUUUUGUGUGGUUAAUACCCUACAUUAAAAAAAAUAAUAUCUAAAAAAAUAUAGAAGACAUAAGGAGUCCAGUCAACACAAUCCAUGAUGAGGGCGUGCUGAAAACACCAUAGUUUAUAUUCUAUCAAAAGUCCUACUAAAUUCUUAGGUAUAUGAACAUCUAUCAAAUAUAGUGUUUAACAUUGCAUCAGAAUAUUCUGCAAGCUGUUCGAAGGAAUGCGUUGCCCGUUUCCUCCGACGCUCUUGAGUUGCCCGCUGUCAGCGUGAGGGCGAGAGGCGCUGACGAGAGGAGCACAUGUUAGGAGUAGCGAAGGUUGGGGAGCUUAUUUUAGAAGGUAGGAAUGGCGGCCUUGUUGUUUCUGAGUGACAAGGGACGGGAACCCUGCACACUUUAUUCGUACCACACACACACACACACACACACACACACACACACACACACACACACACACACACACACAGAACAUAAAUACAACCUGCUUCACGUGGAGUAACAUAACACAAGUGGGGGGUUAGUUUAAAAUGCGAGAAUAUUUUUAUAAACUUUAUAGUGACAGACACGCUCACACACACAUGCACACAGGCAUGUAUUUCCAUAAAUUGUGUCGGUGGUCUGGUGAUCUUCAGCCAGGGUGGGGACAUUGACACUUGUCUACUACCAGGUGCCGACGUGACAAAUCUGACACAGAGGGUGGGGGGCACACAGCAAGGAGCAGUGACUGUGUAUGAGAAACUACCGUGUUAGUCCCAUACAAAUCCACUUUUAAUAUCCAGUAGUAUGACCAAUGUUGUAACAAAGCAGAUUUAAUUCAGUUAGAAGCUGAUAUAUUGCAGCAUCAAACAGCUAAUGGGACAGGGAGAGUCACUACUCAAUGUAUUUAGCUCGGUCAAGACCCUCAAUAUUCCAAAAAUAUUUGUUUAGGAGGGAUUCAGAACUCUUUUUGCAUGCCAAGAAAAUAUUAUAGUGCAGCCUGCACAAAAACUCAAAGUGGGAAUACAUGCCAUUAAAGAAGAAGGCAGUGCUGCGUUCAAAUGAAGCAAAACAUGACUAAUCAUAUGUUUUCAAACAAGGGCAUAAAAAACAAUUUACCAUGUACCCCUCCAUCCCUCCUGAGGGAAGCAGCUAACCUCAUCUCUCAACACAGUAGUUAGCAUUUGCAUAGAGGCCAGUUGUGCGGUUUUAGCGUCGCUUGGCACUGAAGUGUGCAUUAGCAUUACGGUCUUCGGACGCGACCGAGCUGUGGAGCGGCCCCAGCGGGGCGGUUGCGGCUUGGAGAUCCGUGACUGAGCAUUAAAACCGCAGGUGAGGUCAUAGUGGGCAGUAAGACGGACGUUUCCGGGGGCACGGAAUGGAGUUUGGCGAAGAAACCAGCACAAAACGGUCCACUUUGAAUUUCAAAUGCAGUUUAACUCAGUUUUACUGACAUACCACCAAUUUCAAGGCAAUUUCAUUAACUUUACGACCUUUGACAUUGGUUUUCUUUAGUAAUCCAUUAAAAAUGGUUAAACGAAAACCGUUUUAUCCUUAAGAAAUAAUAUAAAAAGGAUUUCCUUCAUUCACACCCAAAAAUAUGAACAGAAAACACAUUUUAUAGAGAAUGAUUGUAGUUUUACAUACAGAAAACAAUGUCAAAUACUGUGGUAUCUCAUCUUACGAGCACAUUGCAUUCCACGAAUGAGUUGGUAACUCAAAAGUAGUCCCACCCAAUGAAUAUGAUAGGAUAGGAUAGGAUAGGAUAGGAUAGGGAUAGGUCUUUAUUGUCAUUUCACAAGUACAACAAAACUUUGUUUUCAGCACAAACCUGUUCAAGAUUAGACAAACAAACAGUGUACAGGGUUACAAAACAAGAACGCUGAUGGGUCGCCAUAAGGCACCCCGUAAAAGAUGGGAAAAAGGUAAAUGCUGGGGAAGGAUGAGUAAAAAAAUACAAUCUAGACUGGGCUCCUAAGGGGGCCAAGUCUGGAGUGGGAAAAAACCUCCAAAGCAAAGCACAUAUACAUUUUACAACAUACAUCUCGAGAUAUCUAGCAACAGAGGGAAGGUAGUUCAAGGUCAUGGUGGUAGGUCGCAGCUCUCAGGCGCUGACCAUCCAUUCAUCACCCCUACGGGAUUUGCGUCGAGGGUGUUGGGUUGGGGUGGUGGGGUUGUGUAUGUGUGGCGUAUAUUUUUUUUGUGGAUGUGUGUGUUGUUGAGCCCGUAGUGUGUCUCUGUUCCGCGGCCUUGAUGUAUUGUGCAGUCGCUAGUCCAAAGUCAACAACAACAGGUGUGUGUCCAUGAGACACAAAAAGGGACUUUGUUGUGUCUUCGCUGCAGUGUCCUUCGGGAGAGUCUCGAAGCCAGGGAAACAAUCCAAGUUAGAAUGAUUUGUAUGCGAGUGAAAAUGAAAUUUGCUUUUCACUCUAAAUUGUCUCUGAAAUUAAUUCAAAUAUAUUUCAUCAGGCGUUGCUCCUUUCAAAAUACCACACAUAACAUGCCUUUUAAAAAAUAAAACUAAUUGUUAGACUAGAAACAUUGUUUUAAAAACAUUAAAGUAGCAAAUUAUAUAUACAACGACAGUAGUUGUAUGUGAUAUUGUAAUAAUAUUGUUCAGCAUUUACUUUGGAGAGUAGACAAAUGCGGUGUCUCUUCCGGGCUGCUUCUCCAUCCAGUGUUGCCCAGUACACUUAUUAUCUGCUUAUCAUACGCGACUUGUUUUCAUGGAGCUGAUUGUGUGUUUCUUGUUUGUAAUUGCAUGCCACAUACUGGCUGCAGCUUGUGUUAUGCGGAAUAACGCUAUGACCGGUAGGACAUAUUUUUAAUGUUUUGUUUCUCUUAUUUGGUCGUCCGUUUCUCCUGCUUGGCACUACUGUAACUUUCUUCGUUCCAGCAAUUGGAGGGCAGGAUUGUGUCAAUAUUUGGGCGGCGCUCAAACGUGCACGUCAACUGUUUAAUCAAAACUAAUGUUUGUUUCUUGUGAAAAAGAAGCUGGAAUAACAACUUGUAAGAAUAUAGUAACUGUUUUUUUUUUUUUUACUCAAACAGCACAACCCUGUUACAAAUAAGGAUUGUAUCGAUCUUUGGGCGGCGUUCAAAAGCGCACGUCAACUGAUUAAUCAGAACUAAUGUUUGUUUCUUAUGUAAAAGA